ACAAAAACAAGUGCUACAAGAAACCCUAGCGGCUACACCUUCAUUCUGUUGUUUUUUCUCUUCACUCGAAACCGUUCAGCACUAGCCAAAUUGCAAGCGAUGACCGGUCAACGCGGUUCUUACGGCAAACGCUCCCACUCCCAAUCCGACUCCGACCACCACAACGGCGGCGGUAACAGGAACAAACGCCGGAACCCUGGCGGCGACGACCAGCAAUCCCACAUCGGCCCCGACGACACCGUCUACCGCUACCUCUGCCCCAUUCGCAAGAUCGGCAGCGUCAUCGGCCGCGGCGGUGACAUCGUCAAACAGCUCCGGGCCGAAACCAAGGCCAAGAUCCGCAUCGGCGAGACACUCCCUGGAUGCGACGAACGUGUUGUUACCAUCUACAGCUCCUCUGAGGAGACUAACGAUGUUGAGGACUCCGGCGAACCUAUCUCCCCGGCGCAGGAUGCGCUCUAUAGGGUUCACCAGAGGGUGAUUGCUGAAGACCAGCGCUACAGUGAGGAUGAGAUGGAAGAAGAUGGAGCGAACCAGGUCACUGCGAAGCUUCUGGUUCCGUCUGAUCAGAUCGGUUGCGUGAUUGGAAAAGGUGGCCAGAUUGUUCAGAGUAUUCGGAGUGAAACCGGAGCGCAGAUUCGGAUCCUUAAGGAUGAUCGCUUGCCUCCUUGCGCCUUGAGCAACGAUGAACUUGUUCAGAUUUCUGGGGAGGCUGCGGUUGUGAAGAAAGCACUGGUUCAAAUUGCAACUCGGCUUCAUGACAAUCCGUCACGUUCUCAGCAUCUGCUUACUUCUGCGGCUCCUGGUGUUUAUGCAGCUGGCGGUCCAAUGGUGCCGGCUGCAGGCCCUCCAAUUAUGGGGAUGGCUCCUCUUGUGGGUGCUUAUGGGGGCUAUAAAGGUGAUGUUGGAGAUUGGUCAAGGUCCAUGUAUUCAGCCCCUAGGGAUGAAGGGUCUAUGAGGGAGUUUUCGGUUCGAGUUGUUUGUCCAACCGGAAACAUUGGGGGAGUGAUAGGUAAGGGUGGUGCUAUAAUAAAUCAAAUUAGACAGGAUUCUGGUGCUACGAUCAAAGUUGAUAGUUCAGCAACUGAAGGAGAUGACUGCUUAAUAGCCAUUUCAACAAAAGAGUUCUUUGACGAUUCUUUCUCCCCGACAAUUGAAGCAGCUGUGCGUUUGCAACCCCGGUGCAGUGAUAAAGUUGAAAGGGAUUCAGGGAUUGUCUCUUUUACUACCCGGUUACUGGUGCCAUCCUCACGAAUUGGUUGCCUUAUUGGUAAAGGAGGAACUAUCAUAACUGAAAUGAGGAGGCUUACGAAAGCUAACAUCCGCAUCCUACCUAAGGAAGAUCUUCCUAAAAUUGCAUCUGAAGAUGAUGAAAUGGUGCAGAUAUCUGGAGACCUUGAUGUUGCCAAGGAUGCUCUCGUGCAAGUGCUUACACGCCUAAAAGCAAAUCUUUUUGAUAAGGAGCGGGCUGUUCCAGGAUUCCUUCCUGUAAUGCCAUAUCUCCCUGCUUCUGUUGAUGGAUCAGAUGGUUUGAACUAUGACAGUAGAGAUGGUAAACGGCAUGGACGUGGACAUUCUUACUCUAGUGGCUAUGGAGGCUUAAGUGAUUUGCCACCGGGUGACAGUUAUGGAAGCUAUGGAAGUCCACAGGUUGGUAGUGGUGGUCCUUAUGGAGCUUAUGGAAGUUAUGGUUUGGGACGGACCAGUACUUCUGGAUUGUCUAGCCAGAAUGGUGUUUCUCGGAGGAGAAACCCAGGAUACUAAAACUUGAUGGGUCUCUACAGCUGAGUCCUGUGAAGCCCGCAGCCUCUGCCUAAACCAGAAGACCAGCUGAACCAGGGUUUGACAAAAUGGCCCCCCUAGACGCCUCCACCUAGUGGACCAAACAUAUGGAGACUAAUGAAACUGGCCAUGUCCGUUUUACCUUAUUUCCCAAGCUUGAUAACUCGUGUCCCAUGAACCUUUAAAGCCGGCUUGCCUUUGUGGCUGUUUUUUUAAUUCCUGUUCACUGUCUUUAGAUCUGAAACACCAUGUAGCUAUGAUCCUCUGGCAGUUGUAUACCUGUAUUAAUAUUAUUGUGUUUUGUUUUCCUUAUAGUUCAUUGUUUCAUGCAGCAUGAACUUUUAUAGAUAUUUGAAUUUGAUGAUGUUGAUUCUUGGUAA